AAAUAGAAAGAGGGUUACACAUGCUUUUGCAGGUGCAGUGGAGACCUGGCAAGGUAAAAGUGGGAUGGUGAAUAAAAGCACUUCUUAAAUUGGAAAGUUGAGUAUAUAUUCUGUCUAGCUACUUUAGGAAGAAGCCAAAGCACAUUGAGGGAGAGGAAUGGGGGGAGUUUUUAGUACAUAGGAGUAAGCUAAUAAGUAAUAGAGAGAGAGAGAGAGAGAGGGAGAGAGAGAGAGAGGGGAAAAAGGAGGAUUUUGAGAGCCAUUGAGGGGCUUGGAGUGGGGAAACAUGCUUUCCUUAAAAGGUGAUGCAAGCAAUCAGGAAAAGCAGGUUGAUGGUCAUGUGAAGCCAGUUUUGUCUCUCGAGAGUGGCGGAGCCAUUUACUCGCCGCCGAGUGUUGAUUAUGGCCAGCCUAUUGGUUACAUUCCGAUUCCUCAGGGAGAUCCAUACUUGGGAGGGAUCUUAGCUGCUUAUGCGCCGCAUGCUGUGAUUCUUCCGCAAAGCACGGGAAUGCUGCCUUCUUUGCGAGUUCCCUUGCCUUUGGAACCUGCAGAAGAUGAACCCAUAUAUGUUAAUGGUAAACAAUACCAUGCGAUCCUCCGUAGGAGACAGCUGCGAGCGAAAUUGGAGGCUGAAAAUAAACUCGUAAAAGGUCGAAAGCCGUACCUGCACGAGUCCCGACAUCGUCACGCAAUGAAGAGAGCGAGAGGAUCGGGCGGGCGGUUCCUCAACGCCAAAGAGCAGCAGGAGCACGAGCAGCAGCAGCAGCACCAGCAGCAGCAGCAGAAGUCAGCAGCUACUUCCACUGCCAACAGGAAGUGCUUCUCGGGCUCGACCGAGCUGCAGCUAGGCGGAGAUUCGGGUUUCCACACAGACGACAGCACUUCCGGUUCUUCUGCUCAUCAUCUCGGCUUUUUCUAGCGCCUUCCGCUGUGCAGCACUUAAAGCCGAGGGGCUCUUCUGUUGUGAGUCGAAUAUCGCUGUUGUUGUCGGUUGGAUCUCUCGUCUCGGUCGUGGUGUCUGCUGGGCAAUUCAUCCUUGGCUUUUACACUCUGUCACUGAAAUGCAUCAUUUGUUAAUCUAACAUUUUCAGGAUUGGUGAUCUGAAGCAUCAUGUUUGAACAUUUCUGAAAUAUACUUGCUGAUAUCAAAAUCCUUUUGUUGAUA